AAAGAGUGCAAAAAUUGUGACACAAAGAGAUGGAUAAAUUGGUCAGGAAUCAGAUUCCUGACUCUUCCUCGUCGCCUCCACUGAGUUGCUCCCUCAAUUUCCAUGCUUUCGACGAUGAUCUCAUGUCUGACCUCCCGUCCUGCGUCUUUGGCGGGACUGCUGGUCAGGCUCCGAGCAUCUCCAGCAGUCUGAGACUGGGAAACGCUUCAGGAGGUGCGAGUGGACUCAAACAUCCUGGAAAUGUGCAUCACCCGUCACAAUUCGGCGGAGGAGUGCAUCAUCCAGAUUGUGGACUCGUGGAACCUUCGACAUCGUCAUCGAAUCACGGAGACCUUCAAGGAGGAGGAAGUGGUGUUCAGGGCGCGUGUUCACCUUAUGGAUCGCCUCCGUACAAGAUUCAGCGCCAGCAAACCAAUAUUCGGGAGAGGAAGAGAAUGAUGAGAUCCGCUCCAAAUGGUAGCAUUAACAGUGCUUUCGACGAGCUGAGAAUUCACGUGCCCACUUUUCCCUAUGAGAAACGCCUCAGCAAGAUAGACACUCUCAGACUGGCCAUUGCCUACAUCGCCCUCCUCAGGGAAGUCCUGGAGGCGGAUUAUGAUCCCCUGACUUACGUGGAAAAGUGUCUCAGGGGGGAAAUUAAGGCAGAGAGAGCUCAUUGGAAUACCAGUGAUCUCACAGCGCGAUUGUCGUGGAUAAAUUGGGAAAAUCUGGGAGUCUAUCCAGGACGAAGGACUCUGCUGACAUCCUUGGCCCUUGGAGCGGAUUCCAGCAACUGUGGCGGAGGAGUUUAAAGUGAAUCGAGAAGUAAACUAAAAGGCAAUGUUGUUGUGAUGAAAUACAGUCACUAUUA